GAAUUACUAGCUCUGUUAGAGGCGGCCCUGUGUCGUAUGUCUAAGAAAUACACAUCGAGUGUUGUUUUUGUAUAUAAACACAAUCGACGAAUACUCGAAAGAAAUUAACGCUAGGGAGUGAGGGUUUCGUCACGGGAAAAUUCUCUCUCCGAGAGAGAGAGAAAAUCGUACGUGCAACGACAGUGGCAGCAACGGAGCCAGCGGCGGGUGCAGUUGCAGCAGCAGACAGAUUAAAAGCAGCAGCAUAGCGCGGAAUAGAGCGAGGCAGUUGUGCAUGCACGUUCCGAGAGAUCGAGAGAUAUGUAUCUGGUGGCGGUUGGCUCGACGCUACGCCAGCAGUGAACAGUUCUCCAUUGUUUUUUGUAAACGAAAUAACAACAACAACAACAACAAAAGAAAAACAAACCGAUAAACAUCAGGCAUAUAGGGGCUCGUAGUAUCGAAACUCGGGGUGACUCAGUGCUCGAACGCAGUCAUCUCGAUAAAAUUUGGUGUGCUCGAUUCGGCCGUCGUCAACUAGCCGACGGAGUCGCAUCUACUCCGAGUGCAGAAGGACCUUUGCCAGACGUCGCCGAAGAGAGGCUGUAGCCGCGCCGCCAGAAAAGCACGUUGCGUUGGCCGCUCGCGCCACAGCGAUAUAUGCCGUUUGCUCGCGCUCCUGGCGAAGGUACCCGCGAGCGAAAGAGAUAGAAGAGGCGCCCGCUGCUGCUUUUGCGUAGCUUCUCUCUCUCUCUCUCUUUUUCUCGCUAGUUGCGCGCUUGCUCGCCCGCUCGCUCUGUGGCCCGUUCGCGAUUCGCGCGUGUACAUGACUACGUGUGCGUGUGUAUGUGUGCGCGACGGCUCUAUACAAUAGUGGGGGACGACCGGAGCAACAGCAGCAGGCAUAGCCGCAGCAUAGCAUAGCACAAAGAGAGCGGCUCAGCAACAGCAGCGUCCCGCUGCAAGAAAGAGGUUUUACCGUGUAUUAAUACUUACAUAUAUUUAUAUAUAUAUAUCUACAUAAUAUAUAUAUAGAUAUAUAUAUACACACGCACCACAUAUACGUAUCUACGUAUACAUACGCUGAGUUACAUACAUAUACACGUUUAGCUAUAACACAAGUCUGUGCGCAGGUUAUAUAGUACGAUUAUCCGAAUCUGCAGUGUUUGUAUGAUAGUGCCGCGAGUAUUCGCUUUGGUUGUACUAAAAAAAGCCGAUACAGCUUCUUGGACGAGCAAUUCAAGCAUCCAGCGAGUCUCGUGAAAAACAGCGAUUCGGCCAGCAACAGCAGCAGCAGCAGCAGCCACGAUCGUGUAACAUAUACGUAUAUAUAGUGUGUACGUGUGUAUCGAAGGGCCCUUCUCUCUCGGCAACGUACUCGUUAUAUACGCGCGUGUUGGUGUGUUCAUCGUGUCGCUGUGUGUGUGUGAGUGUGUCUCUCUGUACUUGUGUCCGUGCGUGUACGUGUGAACGUGUCCGUGUGUCUCUGUGUGUGAAUCGCACUCUCACAUACAAGCGCACUACGCAUACUCGCUCUCUCACACGCAUACUCGCUAUACUUCCAUUGCCAGUGUGCCCAACGAUCUUGCAUGCUGCUACUUUUAUGCUGAAUAGAGAAGUCGAUUCGGCUGUGUCGUCGUCGUCGAUAUAGUUGCCUUACCUACGGUGUAAAUGUGCAAGAUAAUAAGCGACAAUAGAGCAUCUAUGUGCAGCAGAAGCAUCGUCGUCCAGGAACGUUAGCAUAGCCAAGUAGCGAUACAAGAUUUCAGUCGUUCGAACAGUUACAGUUGAUUUUUACAUAGCUCGAGUGCGCGCGUGCCUCAACGACGUCGUCGCAUAAAGACACACACACUCACACAAGUUUGCGUGCCAGUGCAGAGUCGUGUAUAGAUCGUACACACUCGUGAUCAUCAGCAGCAUACAUUUUAAGGGACACGGAGUUGUGCUGCGAACAUGUCGGAUCACCAUAGGUGGGCGCCCGGUAGCCGGGAAGACGGUGGCGCCGGAGCAGCCGCGUCCGCGUGGUGGCCGGCUGGCUUGACGAACGAGCAGGCAGCCGCGGUGCAGCAGCAGCAAGCCGCAGCCGUGGCCGCUGCCCAGCAGCAGGCCCAGCAACAGGCACAGCAACAGCAGCAGGCUCAGCAACAGCACCAACAGAACCUCCAGCAGCACUUGCUGAACCAGCAGGCGGCUGCCGCGGCGGCUGCUCAGCAGCAGCAACAACAGCAGCUCAGCCAGCAGCACCAGCAGGACAUAGUCAGGAGCACGGCCGCGGCGACGCAGCACUUGUUUACGUACAAAAUGGCCUCGAGCUUCCAGAACCCGGCGACGACGGGGGCACAGAGCAGUCCCGUGUCCUCGUCGAGUCCCGUCGCCGCUGCCGCCGCGGCGAUGCAGGGCAUGAAGGGCUACGACUACAGGAGCGUGCCGGUCUCCGCCACCAAUCAGUGGUGGUAUCCCAGCCAGGUCAUGGACCAACAGAACAACCUUCACCAGCAGCAAUUGCAGCAGGGCCAACACCUCAUCAGUCAAGGCAACGCGCAACUGAUGUCGCCGGUACAGAACAACUUUCAAGCGAAUAUGCAAAUUCACCAGAUACAACAGUUGCACCAUCAAAAUAAUCUACAACAUCAAAAUAAUGCUUUGCAACAGGAUAAAAGAGCAAAAAAUACCAAGCCAAGGGGCCGCAUGACAGCAUAUGCGUUCUUCGUUCAGAUUUGCCGUCAGGAACACAAGAAAAAGCACCCCGAUGAGAACAUCGUCUUCCAGGAAUUUUCCAAAAAGUGCGCUUUGAGGUGGAAGACAAUGAGUGAUAAAGAAAAAAAACGUUUCCACGAGAUGGCAGAGAAAGACAAGAAGAGAUACGAUGCUGAGAUGCAGAACUAUAUCGUUCCCAAAGGUGAGAAGGGAGGCCGAGGCAAAAAGCGAAAGCACAUCAAGGAUCCUAAUGCACCAAAGAGAUCUCUGUCGGCAUUCUUCUGGUUCUGCAAUGAUGAAAGAGCUAAGGUUAAGAUGAUCAACCCAGAAUACGGAGUUGGUGAUAUUGCUAAGGAACUUGGUAAAAGAUGGUCCGACGCUGGUCCCGAACUAAAGAGCAAAUAUGAAGCCAUGGCUGAAAAAGACAAGGCUCGAUAUGAAAGGGAAAUGACAGCGUACAAAAAAAAAAUUAAGGAUGGUCCUGGAGUCGGUGUACCAGCCAUAGUUGCAAAAAAAGCUGAAAGUGAAGAGGAGUGGGGAGAAGAAGAAGACGAAUAGCCUGGACAUUGAUGAAAAUAAUAAUAAUAUAGCGGACGCACGUCGAUAAAAAAAUCUCAUCUAUCACCCGUAUCCUUGAUCCCAAUACAUGCCUCACCUACUGUACAUGCCAUUGACCUUAGCGUGAGAGUACUUACACAAACAACUCUAGGAGAACAAAUAAUACAUAUUAACCACAAGUCGAAUUCACGGCUGUUUCAGAUUGAUUAUAAUGAUUUAAACAAUGCGAACCAAACGAAAAAAUUCAAACAAAUAAAAGAUACGAUGAAUCCGCGAUUGAUUAUAAUUUUAUUUGAUUGAGAAAAAAAAGAAAAAUUGUAUGUGUGAGUGUUUAAACAGAUGCGAGAAAGGGCAGAUGUGCGUGCGUGUAUGAACAUUUGUAUUUUAACCUAUUGAUAGCAAAACAUGUAAAGUGGCAUAGGAUAGAGAUAACAUAAACGAAAUGGAUUACAAAAGUAAUGACAUGUUAUGUGUGAAUCUAAAACACAUAUAAGAUGGUGCCCACUUUUUUUUUGUCUUGGGGUGGAAGGCGCAGGGGCUUAAUUUAUUUAUGGAAACGCCGACUAUUGUCUCCACUCUUAUUUUUAAAGUAAAGAAGAUUGAACAAAAAAGCGGCAAUUAUUAUUUAGAUAAAAAAACUUGAAUAUACAUUUGAUUUAGUUGAUAUAUUGAUGAAUGAAUAUAAAUGACAAAUGUUGUAAUGAGAACACAAUUGCAUUGUAAUCGACGGAGCGUUCCAUCUUUAGUAGGUUUAAGUAAGCUUACGGAACGUUAUCAGUUCAGUUCAUUCGGUGCCAGCGUAUAGUAUGCGAUUUAACGAGGUUUAUAUUAAAUGAACAAAUAAAUGCAGUUUUCUUUUGUAAUUACUCGAUUUUUGUACAGUUAUACUACUUAUAAUUAUUUUUUAAUUAAUUCUCAUGCUCGAAUCGGCUGAUAAAGAAUCGCGUGCAAAUAAGGAAACCGCGACUUUAUUACUUUCUUCUAUGGUUAUGUCCUUUGACUUUUUCCUAUAUUUGAAUUAUUAUCGCGAUUCUAAGAAACGUGCUGGUGCGACCAGACCCUCAGCACUUAGCUGUACCUGCGUAAUUUAUAUUGCUUUUUAUAAACCACUUGAGGUACGGGGAUUCGAUCUUAAUCGCGUGUACGUUGUUGUGCAAGAAAACGAUCUCCCGGAGUUGAUGUUGUAAUAACUAACUCUUAUUUAGGACUGCGAUGCGCGUGAUUGAGUGAUAUUUAUUUACUUAGCAAGCGAUAGAAUGAGCGAAAGAAAACUAAAAAAAUGUUUUCUUAAAUCAAAAGAAAAAAAUGACUAUGAAAGAAUUGUAAUACGAUUAGAGUGAUGUAAGCACAUUCGUUCGAAAUUUUGCUUCGUUAGCCGGAAAGAGCACAAUCAUAAUUAAGUAUUUCACAAAAGUUUUGAGCAUAAGAGUAAAAAGAUAGCGCAGUGUAGGAUGAGUAUCACGCGUAAGAAAUAUAUCACACGCGUAAAGAUUCAUUCUCUAGCUUUUUAACGAGUAAUGAUAUUGUUAAUCCAUAAGAAUAUCGUUAAUAGAUUCUGAAAAGAAAGAGUUUGAAUUUUUAGUAAUCGCUGUAAUUACGCUUUAAGUGAACUCAAUUUUAAAUGCCAGCUUUUUAUUUUUAUCGAUCGAUUUUGGAAAAAUUUGUGCGAUUGUAAUCGUUGUACAAUACAUUCAGUUUUGUUUAAAAAAAAAUGGUUUUUCAUAUGCCUGACGAGUAGGUUUGACUGUAUUAAAAUAAUACUUAUUUGUAUGUUUUGUUUGAACAAAGCGAUCGGUCCCUGCCCCUUACCAUCGUUUAUAUAUUCCCUUCUUACAAACUUUCAUUUUGUCAAUAAAAUGAUAUUUCUUAAAAAAAAAAUACAAUGGAUUUAAGAUUUUAUAAAUGAUUUCUUUAAAUUAAACACACCACUUAACAAUAUUUAAAUUAAAAUUUUUGUCUAACGAUGAAAUUCAAAUAAUACAUUAAUAGUGUAAGUAAUACUCAAAUGCUAUACGCUAUCUCAUGAAAAUCAUUCUGGUGUACAGCAGGCUGUAUUAUAAUAAAUCAUUGUGGUUUCUUGUAAUGUUAACAUUCCUAGAUCAUAGUAUGUACAGAUUACCUAAACGUCAUCAAUUAGAGCAAUCUAUUAUAUGGGAUGCUGAUGAUAAAAUGCAAGCUCUAUAUUAUUCCAAGAUUUUAUUGACACGAUAAUUAUGAUAUAAUUAUUAAUAUACAAAAAUAGCAAAACAUUAUGCAAGAAGCUCGACUUCUUUUAUAAUCAGACUGAUUGUAAUGAAAACGAUUCUUAUUAUUCUAUGAAAAGCAAAGACGAACUAUUCAACUAAUUGGACGCAUUCAGCGUAUUACGACUCUUUGUCUACCUCAAAUGCAUUAUUGCAUCGUUCUUUUUUUUUUUUUUUAAGAAAAAAUGCGACUGUAUUAAUAUGAUCAUUAUAAUUAUUAUAUGUAUUAAUACAACCAAGUGCAACCAUACACAGUGCGAAAGAGAAGAUAAUAAGAACUAAAAAGAAGUAAGGCAUGAAAAUCUCAUCAUAGGAAAAGGAGUUAGAGG